UCGCUUUCCGAGCUUCACUUUACUGCUGUUAUUGUUCACUUGUAGCAUCAUGGGCAAACACAAGGACAAGGCAGAUGAGCCAGACCUUGAUAAUAGCCAGGUUAUUGAAGGCGAGCAAGGUGAAGUUAGCUAUGAAGAUAAAGUGAAGUGUGUUAGCAUCAUAGCACAGCCCAUGGCCUCCAAGAAAGUGGCUGGCAGACUCUAUAAACUAAUCAAGAAAUCUUCCACUCAUAAAACAUACCUUGAAGCUAGUGUGAAAGGGGUGCAGAAGUGGCUUAGGAAAGGAAUGAAAGGAAUUGUAGUAUUUGCUGGAAAUGUUUCACCUAUUGAAGUAAUGUGUCAUCUUCCGGCUCUUUGUGAAGACAAUCAAGUGCCAUACAUUUAUACUCCAUCUAGAGAAGAUCUAGGGGCUGCAAUGGGAGUCACCCGAGGUGUUCUUUGUGUGUUUGUCCGUGAACAUGAGGACUAUAAAGAAUUGUAUAAUAAAGCACUUGAUGAUAUCAAAAAGGUUCCAAAAAUGUAUUAGAGCCUUCUUGUUUAAAGUACUGUGCAGUAUUUGAGGAUUUUUGUGUUUUAGAUAAUGUUGCAUUAAGGUAAAAUGAUUUUUAUAUGAAAAUGUGUGUGAUAAUAAAGGUUUAACUUGAA